CGCGCAUCUCGAACAUUUAUCUCAACUCUUCAACUUCGACGUCCAUUUCAAGAAAAGCACCAGGGCGAGCCAACGCAAGGAACCCUGACAGCUUCAGAUCGCUCGCAUAUCAGAUUCGACAUAUAAUCUCUCACCCUCCAUAAAUUCCACCCCUCCACCAAGAUGGCUGAAGAACAAAAUGCAUCCGCUGGUAAGCUUUGCGCUUCACUUUUUGUUUUGAACGACAACUAACAACUUUCCAACAGCUUGGCCUGUCGCCGAUGCAGCUUUGACUCAAGAGAUUCUCGACAUUGUCCAACAAGCCUCCCAUUUCCGCCAAUUGAAGAAGGGAGCCAACGAGGCAACCAAGACCUUGAACCGUGGUAUCUCUGAAAUUAUUAUCCUCGCUGCAGACACCGCACCUCUCGCCAUUCUCCUCCACUUGCCCCUCCUUUGCGAGGAUAAGAAGUGAGUUCGUCCUAUUCCGAUUCCAGGCACUCUUAUGCCAGCUUGUUCCGCGUUUCGGAGCUGCCGAAAGCUAUCGCAAACUUUCUACUACUUCUCAGAAUUCAAGCUAACUUUGUGUUUCUAGCGUUGCAUAUGUCUAUGUGCCAUCUAAAACGUAAGGAAACUUCUCCUCCCCCGGGGCCUCAAUCAAACUUCUCCGACCUCGCGAAAUACCUCGAGCUUUCCUCCUGUAAAUAUACACCAAUACUGACUUUUGAUAUAGUGCCCUCGGAAGAGCCUGCGGCGUUAGCCGAGCCGUCAUUGCUGCCAGUAUUACCACCAACGAGGCCAGUGAUCUCAUGAACCAGAUUAGAACCUUGAAGGAUAAGGUCGAGCGACUUAUGAUCUAAAGUUCUAGGUGGAUAGAUACCCCGAGUUGUCACAUAGGCAAUGGAGUUUGGCUGCGGCCUAGAGAUUCGGACAUUGGUGUGAAGAAUACAGAAAAUGAAAAUACCAACUUGUUGCAUGGCAUCCUAUCAGUCUCUUACCGGCAUUAUUCAUCCUGAUUAUUCCACACUUGUUCUGGAUUUUUGGAAAUCAGUAUACAAACUUUGUCAUUUGAUGUAGACGUAUUCGCUCAGUUGGCUUUCGAUAUCCAUUCAGGUACGCUUGAGGGACCAGAAUCGCGUUACUCUUGUUUCUUAUUCAGAGUUUCAAGGAUCAAUGCAGCUUUCAAAUACUUGAGGCCAGCCUUCAAAAUCGUCCAGAGAAAUCGUAAGAACUUUUUCCCGUUGUUCAUAUCUUAAUCUUGAAUCAAGUCAUGCGCUGCGAGAAUUGUAGGGAAGCUAUGAUCUCAGAGGGGUGAUUUCAAAAGCGCUUGUCUACCAAUAGUUUCAGUUUAUCAAGUUAGCUCGAUCAUCUGUGCAGGGGUUUUCACCGAUGCCCCAAGUCGCCCUUUUACCGCAAAAUGGAUCUCAGCGAUACUACUAACUUUUUGCAAAUUUUACGUCGAAAUUUCAUAGCGUAUUCCUGAACUUCACUUUUGUAAUCAAUGGGGGUGUUGUCAUGUUUCCUCGUGUGAACCUGA